AUGGCCGAAGAGGAAGCAAGAAAACGGCAACUCAAGACCCUAAGAACGAAAAGAACAGUUCGACGCAAUCGAGCUCGAGCUGAUCUCGACAGCGUCACGAAUCUUCAUUCGGAGAACCCCGAGUUCCGGGCCGACAAGCGACCCGAGGAGCUCUUGAUCGUCAUGACACAGCACAUUGAGAAUACUCGUGAGUUCGAUCGCGAGAUUCUGGCGCUUCUCACGCCUGAGGAAAUCGAAGCCGAUGUGACGGCCAGUGAGGAAUUCAACGUCGAAAUCGAUGACGGCAUUGCGGCUAUUAGGGCGAUCAUCUCCAAGCAGUCACAGGGGGAAUCCCCGACGGUGCCGCAAGAGUUCCAGCAGGGCGAGCUCGCCACCUUCUACGGAACCCCCGAGGCCACACGACAGGUGCGUUUCAGACCGACCCAUAAUUCGACGAUGAGUGUUCCCCGUCACGUUCGUGAAGCUGAAGGGGAAAACGACGUACCACGACGGCAGCCCCCGCACGCGGUGCCGACUGCACCGACGACGCGUUUGGCCCGCGAAUUGGACAUCUCGCCGGAAGUCUUUUCGGGUGAUCGGCUCAAGUUUCGAGCGUUCAUCACUCAGUUUUCGUGUUUCGUUGCGAAAAGACCGGAUGCCUCACCCGUCGAGAAAUUGAUGGUCCUGAGAAAAUACGUGUCUGGUGCGCCCGGAAAGAUCGUCCAUGCGCUCGAGCUUACAGACUCAAAUUACCAGGUCGCGCUCGAUGCGCUCCACCAGAACUACGCUCGCACCGAGAAUGACAAACAAAGAAUUCUAUCAGAGCUUCGGAAUCUACCCCGAGUUCACCGCUACAGCGAUCUCCCGGCGCUGCGAAAUCUUCUAACCCUUCUCCAGACUAAUAUCGCGACCCUCGCAUCGAAUGGAAUCCCUCUGGACGAUUUUGCGCUGUCCCUCAAAUCAGCCAUCGACGCCGCGAUACCGACUCGUCUUCGACAAGAGUACAAGGAUUCCCGUCGUCUUGAGAAGAGACUCCUCUCUCUCUCAAGUAGCAGUCGAGAGAGCUCAAUGACAACCGAGGAGCAGACGUCAACAACAGUUCUCAACAAUAACAGCGAGAAUGACGUCGGCUCUGUAUCAGCUGAGGCGGCAUCGGAUAUUCGAAACCUCAUUGAAUUUCUUCGCGAGCGCGUUCGCGACUGGGAAGACAAUCAGUACCUGGACGAGCGCGUCCCUCCAAUCAUAGGUGAGGCUCCCGAGCGCCAAUCCCAUACAAAAGACAUUCGACGUCGCGCAAGAAGCACAAUCGCCGCUGUCGUGCCAAAAUCGAACGUGUCAGCUGGUGCGCGCUUCCGUCCGAAACCCUGCCUGUUCUGCCGAUCGGCUGAACACAACACAUCACGGUGCGACGCAGGCCUUUCUCUUGCUAAGAGGAAGGAGAUACUGGAACUCCAGCGUCGCUGUGAGCGGUGUUUCCGAACACAACAUGCCAAUUCGGACGAGUGUCGCGGCCCGAGGGCCCCGUGCUCGAAGUGCUCAUCCCGACAGCAUUACUCGUCGAUGCAUCCCGACGCAUCUGUGUCUGCCAUCGCGCACUCUGGGAGUGAGGCGAACGCAUUCACUGCGGCUGCUGUGGACAGAACGGUGGGUGGCCUUAGCGCCGACACGGGUGCCCUCCUACUGACGGCAUCGGCGUAUGUGAUAAAUUGUGGAGUGAAGAUACCCGUCCGAAUCUUCUUGGACCCAGGCAGCACGCUCACAGUGGUUUUGCCAUCUCUGCGUGCCAUGCUGCGGGAGGCGCCCGUGGGAGUGAGCAGCCUUACCAUCCAGACAUUCUCGUCGACGUUGGCGACUAGGGAAGCUCCCCUGUACAAUAUACGAAUCGUUAGCGUGAAGGGAGGACCGCCGAUCGAAAUCUUCGCACAUGAAUACCAGUUCGGGGUCAACCCACAGAACACUUGCUCCCAGUCAGUGUCGCGGGCUCUUGCUGAGUUCGACCGUGCCAAGCCGCUGGCUGAUCGAAGUUACCUCGGAGAGUGGGCCUGUAUGCAACCAGCCCUCCUCGUGGGCAUGAAUCAGAUGCACAAGAUAAUGGAACGCGAGCCGCCGGAGCUCCUCGUGGAUGACAUCCUGGCUCAUCCAUCGCGGUUGGGAUGGAUAAUCGGUGGAUCCUUUCCUAUCGACCAAGGUCAUGUGAAAGGAAAGGUCACUGCAACUCAUAUCGUCUGCUGUGCUGCCGCACUCUCGUCUC